CUCCAGGAUCCUGACUCAGGGGCCCAGGGUUGAGGCCUGGAAGGGCCUUUGUUGGCCCUGACUCAGGAAUCCAGAGAAACUGGUCAGGGGAAGUCUCCAGGGACAGAAACGCCUCCCUCUGCUCCCGCCUCCCCCUCCCCCUCCCCAUGGAGCCAUAUAACUGCGCCAGUCUCCAGUCUGACAGCCAGCUGCUGAGCGGAACAGGUCAGGUCACACGCUCCGCUGGUACUUCUGACUCUGGAGAGACAGGGAGCUGAUCGGAGUAUCUCUGCCUCUGGACUUGAAGUGAAAGUCUUCCCCAUUGACGCGGAGGGUCUGUCCUCAGCGCUUGGAUUCCUACAGCCCCUGCCCAGGGCCGGAUCCCCACAGCCUUCCGGAUCCUAGACGCCAGCAGACGCCGAGCCAUGGCCUCCAUGGGACUGCAGGUGAUGGGCAUCGCGCUGGCCGUGCUGGGCUGGCUGGGCGCCAUACUGAGCUGCGCGCUGCCCAUGUGGCGCGUGACGGCCUUCAUCGGCAGCAACAUCGUCACGUCGCAGACCAUCUGGGAGGGCCUGUGGAUGAACUGCGUGGUGCAGAGCACCGGCCAGAUGCAGUGCAAGGUGUACGACUCGCUGCUGGCGCUGCCGCAGGACCUGCAGGCGGCCCGUGCCCUCAUGGUCAUCUGCAUCAUCCUGGCCGUGCUGGGCGUGCUGCUGUCCGUGGUGGGCGGCAAGUGCACCAACUGUGUGGAGGACGAGAGCGCCAAGGCCAAGACCAUGGUUGUGGCAGGCGUGGUGUUCCUGAUGGCCGGCCUGCUGGUCAUGGUGCCGGUGUCCUGGACGGCCAACAAUAUCAUCCGGGACUUUUACAACCCGCUGGUGCCCUCGGGCCAGAAGCGGGAGAUGGGCGCCUCUCUCUACGUCGGCUGGGCCGCCUCGGGCCUGCUGCUGCUCGGUGGGGCCCUGCUGUGCUGCAAUUGCCCACCGCGCACCGACAAGCCCUACUCCGCCAAGUACUCCGCCGCCCGCUCCGCCCCCGCCAGCAACUACGUGUAAGGGGCCGCCACUCAGCUCUGUUUCCGGGCUUUGUUUCUCCCUGGACUGAAGGCGCAGCCCGUGACCCCAGGAUGUUCCUUGCCACGGGCCGCAGGCUGCGCAAGCAGGGACUCAGCCGGGCCACUGGCUGGCAGCCCUCGGCCCCCUUGGACACCUACGCAGAGCCUCCUCUACGCCGCCGGCAAGGAUGGACAGAGACUUCUGUGUUGGCCUCGUCUGGCCCCGGGGAUACAGGAGAAGGGGCAGAAGGAGAGGGGGCAGAAGUCACAGGGUGUGGCGGUGGAGGGGGGAGCUGACUCCUGCUGGUCAGAAGAGCUCGCCCUGAAUUUGCUUGCGCUCUGCCUCCGAGGGGGUGCCCCACUCCUGUGUUGGCUGGCGCCUCACUCACCCACCUGCCCGUGGAGCAGAGUUGACGGACGGGUUUAGACGGGAGGGGUGAAGGUGCUACAAACUGGUUUGGGUGGUGGUGGGGGAGGAGACCAUGGAGGCCGCCCAGGCUACCCGCCCCCCCCCCGCCCCCACCCUGCAGCCUCAGGGCUCUGCCUCAGCAGCCUCUGCAGGAGGACCCUGGGCCUCUUGUGACUGGCCACGUCUGGAUUCACUGCCCCUGCCAAGGUCACUGGGCAUCCUGGGGAGGGCCGGGGGGGAAACGGUCUUUCUCUGGCCUUCAUUCCCAGGAAGUCCUGGACCUUUUCCCCUGCCUUGUCUCCGGUUUCUGUUUUAUAACUUAAUAUCUGUUUAUCACAGUAAUUACUAUAAUUUUCUACAAUAAAUGGGACCCGUGCACAGGAA